AUGGAGGCAAAAGAUCUCCAGCCGUUGGGCCAAAACGAGCCAAUCGUCGAGCCCGACGAGAGUGAGAAUGCGCAGAAGCAACCAUGGACCAAGCCUCCUCCGGACCCCGAGCCCAACUCUCAGUCACAUUCAGACUCGGACCAAGCAUCCAUCAACUCCUACGAAACACACCAGCUCGACAUCUACGAAGAGAAUAACCGUCGCUACCCCAACGAUUCAUACCACAUGCCCAACGAUGAAGCCGAACGAACCCGUCUGAACAUUGUCCACCAGAUCUACCUCAUCCUCCUAGAUGGCCAUCUAACCGCCGCCCCCAUUGUCACCAAUGCCCCUCGCAUCCUCGACAUCGGCACUGGUCCAGGUGACUGGGCCAUCGAAAUGAGCCACGCCUACCCCCACGGCACCAUCAUCGCCUCUGACAUCGGCGUCUUUGACAACGCCCUUGGCCACGUCGACCUUCCCAACCUCUCCUUCUACCUCGACGACGCCCGCGACGAAUGGGCUUACAACAUCCCCUUCGACCUCAUCCACCUCCGCGGCCUCUCCGGCGCCUUCCCCGACUGGUCCUUCAUCUACCAGCAAGCCUUCGAGCACCUCGCUCCCGGCGGUUACCUCGAAGUCGCAGAUACCGACUUCGCCGCUGAGACCAUGACCACCAUCCCGCAAAACUCCUACCUCCGUCUCUUUGCCUCCGCGCUCCGCUCCGCAGACUACUCGGCAGGUUACCUGCGUGAUCUGAGCCAUCUUCAGCCUGCACUCUUCCGUGCCCAAGGGUUCAUCGACAUCGACGUCCGCGAGUAUACAUUCCCCAUCGGUCUGUGGCCCGAGUCGCCGCAUGACCGGACCGUCGGCAAAAUGGGCCUCAUUGCCUUACUAGAGGGCUUGGAAUCGUAUAGCUUGCGUGCCCUGACCACUACGUAUGGCUGGCUAGCGGAGGAAGUGCGCGAACUAUGUGACCAGGUGCGUGCAGAGAUCUUGGAAGGUGUGUAUCGAAUUAGUGCGAGGGUGAAGAUCGUGACGGGUCGGAAGCCGUUGACGUGA